GCAGCGAAACCGUUCCGAACCCAGCGAGUCUGAGCAACGAGCCUUGUAAACGUCGCUGGCAGCGACGGUUGUUUGGCAAAGGAAUAUCAUGACCUUUGAUUUACUAAUUUAUUUUUGUCGGUCUCGUUUCUCCCGGUAUCUAAUGUGUUCAUUCAUGCGCUUGCGAAGGACCAGGCGAUUACUACUAAUGGAUGUUUUUCACUCAUCUGUGCUUCUCUGUGUGCGUUUCCACUCGUUCGUACUUGUCUGUGCUUGUUGUCCCUGCUCGUCUGCGCCUGCCGCCACUAAUUGUCGUAUCUCCCUGCUUGUUUGUGUGUGCUGUGGGCCGCCGCAUAUUUCUGCUUCUCUACCAUGGUUUGCACUGGUCUGAAACUGUCUGCACACAUUUGUGCAUGCGUGCGCUUGUCACGACACUACUUGUUCCCGGUCAUAAUCUAUGUAUAUAGGUACACUACUUACAAGUUUUUU